GGAGUCCUUCUCCUUAACAAAUUAUUGUUAUCAAACUAUGGAUUUAAAUUCCCAAUUUUUCUAACAAUGUGUCACAUGACAGCUUGUGCUGUUCUUAGCUAUGUAUCCAUUGUUUUCCUCAAGAUUGCACCUUUUCAGAGGAUUAAAUCAAGAUCCCAAUUUUUCAGAAUUGCUACUCUCAGUAUUGUCUUUUGUGGGUCUGUUGUGGGUGGCAAUAUUUCUUUAAGGUAUCUGCCUGUUUCGUUCAAUCAGGCUGUUGGUGCCACAACCCCAUUUUUCACUGCAUUGUUUGCUUAUUUGAUCACUCGAAAGCAAGAAGCUUGGAUCACUUAUGGUUGCCUUGUUCCUGUUGUUACUGGGGUUAUAAUUGCUAGUGGGGGCGAGCCAAGCUUCCACCUUUAUGGAUUUCUAAUGUGCAUAGGUGCAACUGCUGCUAGAGCCUUUAAGUCUGUUCUUCAGGGUGUCCUUCUUUCUUCUGAAGGGGAAAAACUGAACUCAAUGAAUCUCCUGCUCUACAUGUCACCCAUUGCUGUUCUCGUGUUAUUGCCUGCUACACUCGUUAUGGAGCCCAACGUUAUAGAUGUCACUACGACACUCGCGACAGAACAUAGGUUCCUUGGCUUACUUAUUUUGGUUAAUUCUGCAAUGGCAUAUGGUGCCAACUUGUUGAACUUUUUGGUGACUAAGCAUACCAGUGCAUUGACACUCCAGGUCCUAGGCAAUGCAAAAGGAGCAGUGGCUGUUGUUAUCUCCAUACUUAUAUUCCAAAAUCCAGUAACUUUUAUUGGAAUCGCGGGCUAUACAAUGACAGUGAUGGGAGUUGUUGCUUAUGGAGAAUCCAAAAGAAGGCACAAAUGAGUUGAAAUCAGGCCCCUUUCUUCUUUUUCUUCAAGGUUAGAUGUGGGGUAGAGUUAGGAUGAAAUAGAGAUUUCUCCUUUGCAAUUUUGUAGCACAUAGACAGAGGAAAUAUUGGUAAAGGGAACAGAGAGGAAAAUUGAGGUGCAUUCUUCUGUUGUAUUCUUUUUUUAUCCAAAGGGUAUUCUACAGAUGUCUCUGAUUGUUAUGUUGUUACAUUAAAGUAAUAAAAUGUCUCGUUGGUUUUCUGGUUAA